GACGUAAGUAGUCAACAAAAUCAGCCGACACACAGUUACCGUCGUUCAUUUCGCCCAACAUUGUUUUCGUAUAGAGUCCCUCCUGGUGGUUUUCGAUGUCAAUUUGAUCUAGCCGCUCGCUCGCUAUGUCUGAGCAAUCCGAGUCCACUAAGCGUGUCAUCCGCAACAUUCAGACCGAUGGCCACAAAAUUACCGCCGACAAAACUGUUCGCGCUUGGCGCGUCCCCAUGACGAGCGAGUUUCCUACGCCCCCGAAGGCAACCCGACGUCCACCCAACAUGUGGCUGGAAGAGGGCAACCAGAAGUCCGGUCUGCAGCACAUGACGGGAGAACAAGCGAAGAUCAGGACAUUUGAGGGGGUAGGGAUCCCGGCGGCAUCUCAGCGGGAGAAGAUACCAAUCCUAGCCGAGGCAGCGACAACGGCGGGUAGACACAUCACCACUCAGGGGAGGAGGAACGAUCGUCCAAUCAUGUCUACUUACGUUGACGGCCGAGUGAUGAAGACUGCGAUUACAGUUGCGGAAAAUGGAUAUGUGGUUGGGGUCAAUCCAGUAACGAAAAGGUUCAAGGUCAGGCCAGGCGACCCUGGCGAGGUCAGCGAUCGAACGAUGGAGAACUUGUAUAGCUACCCGCUGAAUUGCCCGGACAGGAGGCGAACUGAUGAGGCGAAGAAGGGGCAGGUGAUGGAUACCAAUGAGUCUGGUGUACAGAAGGCUAAGACUUCCCACUUUGGGCGUUUCUUCAAAUAGCUGAUCAAAGCAGGGUCACGGAACACUAGGGUUUGCUGGACGUGCUGAGGCUCGUUCCCUAUGGUUUCUUUUGUCUCUUUAGAUCAUUUCUUGAACAAAAGACUGUUGUGUAUU